AGGAGCUCGGUCGGUAUAAAAUGGCCCACUCAACCAAUCUCCCGACCCCUAGAGGCGAGAGGCUGAGAGGUCAAGAGUAGGCUGAACCCGCCCACACACACCCAUUCCUCACCAACCCCACCUCUCGACUAUCACCUCACGAUCAUGGGCAGUUCACGGGUGGAAGGCCUCAUCCCCUUCAUCUACAAGGCCAUCAAGGAGCACCGCCGGAGCAGCAGCCGGGCCGCCUACCGGGGCGCGGAGGCGGAGGACGACGUGGACCUCGGCGACACGGACCAGAGGCGGCGCUGGCUGGAGCAGGAGCUGCGGUCACCGCUCAACGCCGCCGCCGCCCCGGCGUCGACACAGGCGCACGGGCGGAACCGGUCGCUGGAGGAGCUGGCCGGCCAGGUGGGGCUCUCGCCGGGCCGGCGGCUGCCGCUGCCCAAGGCCAGGAGCGUCCGCGCCUUCGCCUGCAUCGGCGCCGGCGCCGCGUGACCGCCGAACACGUACGUGCUUAGUGCUUACGCGUACGCCGUAGUCCGGUAGAUGCGUACUUUGGAUUCAUGCUUUGUGGGUCAAGUGCAGUAGUAGUGCAAGUUUUGGUUGAAGCUGUGCAUACGUACGAGUGAUUCAGUAAUAUAUAUGGCAGGAGUUGGAGAUUGUAAACCAACACAUACUUCUCGUUUCAAUUUUGUUUCUCAAA